AUGAAGUUGAUCUGGAGCACAGCGGUUUUGGGGAUCGCCAUAUGUUUGGUCGGCUGUGCCGCCUUCAGCCUGCCAAAUGUUCCCGACUAUCUGACCAAGGAACAGCGAGCAGCUGCCGUCAUAUCAGCUAGCGUGGCGGAAGAGAUAAGCCGCGAGUACCUGAAGUAUCACCGGACGGGCAUCGAAACGGAGAGGCUUCAGGAGCUGGGGAAGGAUAUGCGGAACGGUCACAGCAAAAAGGCCAUUUUCACGGAAUCCAUGGCUGACUUGAGUUCCACCGAUCAGUUUUUCGUUUGCACUUUAUGCAGAUCUACCAUAAAUGUUUUUGCUCGCACUUUCACCGAGGGAGAAUUGAGUGGUCCCCAAAGAGAUGACGAGGCCAAGAAAUUGUUGCUGGGUAUCUGUGAUUACUUUGCCAUCAGCACCCAGGAGGUUUGCUCUGGUUUAUUCGAACUCAAUUGGCCUAUAUUCGAUUUUAUUCUGAAUGAAACUGUGGCCAAUUCGCAAUCCUUCUGCGGAAUGCUGCCCAUUCCCAUUUGCCAGGUGAAACAGGAUGAAUAUAAUUUGACUUUGACCAUUCAGGGUGAUUCCCCCACCGAAUCGAACUCAAAUUUACCUGCUAAGAGCUCUGGAGAUCAUUUGAUACUCCACCUGACCGACAUCCAUUACGAUCCCCAAUAUGCCGAGGGCAGCAAUGCCGCUUGCGAUGAACCCAUGUGCUGCAGGAAUUCUUUGGCCGAAGGAUCUGAUUCCUCGGCAGCAGCUGGUUUUUGGUCGGAUUACCGUGAUUGUGAUUGCCCCAAGCGGCUGAUUCUCAGUGCCUUUGAUCAUAUCAAGGAGAACCACAAGAUCGAGUGGAUAUAUCACACGGGAGAUGUUCCACCUCACAACGUUUGGUCCACUACGAAACAGGGAAAUCUGGAUAUGCUGUCCGAAAUCGAUGGACUGCUGGCCGAGUACUUCCCCAAUACGCCCAUCUAUCCCUGCCUUGGAAAUCACGAACCCCAUCCAGCAAAUGUUUUCGGCAACGAUGAGGUGCCCACAGAGCUGAAAGUGGAUUGGCUUUACGAGCACGUUUGGAGUCUGUGGUCCAAGUGGCUGCCCGCCGAGGCCAAGGACACCGUCCUUCGUGGAGGAUACUACACAGUCUCACCAAGCGAAGGACACCGAAUUGUGGCACUGAACAGCAUGGAUUGCUAUCUGUACAACUGGUGGCUGUUCUACAAUGCCUCCUUGAUCCAGGAGCAGCUUCAGUGGUUCCAUGAUACUUUACUAGCCGCUGAGCAGGCGGGUGAAUCCGUCCACAUUCUCACCCACAUUCCCGCUGGCGAUGGCGAUUGCUGGAGCAGUUGGGCCCACGAAUACAACAGGGUUCUCACGCGAUUCAAUGGCAUCAUAACUGGAGUCUUCAGUGGUCACACCCACAAGGACGAGAUGAAUCUGCAUUAUUCGGAGGAGGGUUUUGCCACGGUUGUCAAUUGGAAUGGUGGAAGUCUUACUGCCUAUUCGAACAAGAACCCCAACUACCGGCUGUAUGAACUUGACCCAGAAAACUGGCAUGUUUUGGAUCAUCUUACCUAUACCAUAAAUCUAACGGAGGCAAAUUUGAGCCCCAAUGAGCAGCCCCAGUGGAAUUUGGAGUACCAGUUCACCAAGGAAUACACCGAGGAUACCAGUCCCGCAGGAAUCGAUGGAUUGUUAGUGGAAAUGGCUGAGAAGCCCGCUUUGCUGAGGAAAUUCUGGCGCAAUAAGUUCACGAACUCCGAUCCCAAGUUGGCCGAGGGAUGCGAUGAUAGUUGUCUUAGUAAGACCAUUUGUAGAAUUGCCACCAGUAAUUAUCAGGAGCGAACUCGCUGCAAGGAACUGCAGGCCAUCCUGGCAGAGAGUCUGGAAAAUGAAACCGAUGAUGAUAAUGAUGACAAUGGAGGUGGAGGUGCCGCUGGUUUAACUGCCCUCAGUUUGGCUUCUCUCUUAACAAUCUUAACUGCAUCUAAAGUUCUUGGCUAAGACUUAUCAAUUUGCCCCCCAUCUAUUCUUAAACCAUAUUAUCAAAAGCGAUAAUCCUAGACCAUAACAAAGGGGCCAUAAAACAACUAAAGAAAAACCCGAAACCUCUGGAGAUAACUAAAAACCAAUAAACACACACGCUUUUUUCUUUUUUUUGUA